AUGCCGCAUAGGAAGGCUGAUCAACCGAAGUGCAAAUCUACAACGCAACUUAUACACAUCGCAGAUGAAUUUGUCAAACAAGACGACGGGAAAAACCAGGACAUGGAAACGCUCUUGCAAGAGUGUAUUGACACCCUAGUCAACUACCAGGAGGAGUGUAAAAAACUCCGAAAAAGGAGCUCACAGAGCCAACAAAGCUCAGAGCGCAGUAACGAGAGCAUUUUCGAAACCUACGAAGCCGCAUAUGUUUAUUACAAGAUCGUAUCGCAGCUGGUGCUCAACAAGAUCCCAGAAUUGCCCGAAUUCAUGCAUGCCAAAAAUCACGCCGAAACGCAGCGUGAGAAAGGCCUUAUCGACCUGUACAACAUGCUCGUCAAGACAUUGCUUACUGACGAGAAAUUCGCCGAAAUCCGCAAGUUUAUAAAGGAACAUUCGACUUCAGAAACUCCGGCUGCAGCCAAAAAAAAACAAAUAGCAGCUAUGUCCAACACGGACUCGGCAUGGACCAACGGUCAAAGUGUCAGCCCGUCACGUCUUUCAACGCUCAUGAGCAACCACAAAGUGCUUCUUAUUGAUCUAAGACCGCGCAUCAAGUUCAUCGAAUCUCAUAUCAAAUCGGAAACCAUUACAUGCAUUGAGCCAAUCUCAUUCAAAAACACCUAUUCAGACAUCGAGCUCACCAGGAGAUCUCUCAUAACAUCUCCUGCUCGUGAAAUUUCCCUAUUCAAAGAGCGGGACUCUUUCGACUACAUCGUCAUAUACACGGACGAGCUUGAUAAAACGCAUUUUUCUCAACAACAACAAGCCAGUCUGGUGGAGCUACUGGUACAAAGGUCUUUUGAAAAGCCUUUGCAUGACGCAAAAGUCCUCACUUUACAAGGGGGGUUUGAAGGGUGGAUCAAAAAUGGAGGAGAAUACGAAGGUUCGCAUCAUAAAGAGGACCGCGAAUACGCUAUGGAAUAUUCAAUUCCUCCUCUGAAACCCCAAAAAGCUUCUCUGAUGAAACCCGCACCCGCACCCUUGUCUUCGACUUUCUCUCUCACCACAGACGUGAACGGCUCAAUUGGGUCUGAAGACAGACCAAGCCCCCAAAUAUUGUUCCCCGAUCAGCGGCCUUCAAGCUUGCAGCGAACUCCUAGCUUCAGAGAUAGGCUUUCUAGUAUGUCACCCAUUUCUAGGACAAUGAGCCCGUCCCAAAAUGCCGAACCAAUUAUGCAUAAUAAUUCGACAAUUUAUCCCGAGACACCGCAAUUAAUGCCAUCGCCAAGCAACAGAUCGCUCCCACAAAUCAACUUCGAACGCGGACAAUUCAAUUCUCAUCUCAAAAGCUUAUCUCCACCCCUUCUUAACGGCACUCCACUGGAAAACGGUUACGGUAGGGCUUUGAUGAGAUCGACAGCUGGAGCGAACGGAAAUGGCAUAUACAAAUCCGCAGGUGAUAAUGACGACCAGGUUAUUUUCAACAAACCGGUGUCAGGGUUCUGUGUUGGUCUAGUGAAUCUUGGAAAUUCGUGCUACAUGAAUUGCAUAAUUCAGUGUCUGUUGGGAACUAACGAGUUAGCCCAGAUUUUUUUGGACGAUUCUUACAAGAACCAUAUUAAUUUGAACAGCAAGCUGGGCUCAAAGGGUGUUUUAGCCAAAUAUUUUUCACAAUUGAUUCACACCAUGCGUCAAAAGGCUGUCCCAGCAUCAACCGCAGGCCAAAAAAAUCUUAUCAAAGGAGAUGAGAAAAACGCAGUCCAACCCAUCAAUUUUAAGGUAGCAAGCGGAUCCAUCAAUCCUUUGUUUAAAGGUUCAUCUCAACAAGAUUGUCAAGAAUUUUGUCAGUUCCUGCUAGAUGGUCUACACGAAGAUUUGAACCAGUGUGGUGGUAACCCAUCUUUGAAAGAGUUGUCCGAGGAAGCAGAAAAAAUCAGAGAAAAGCUUUGCAUGAGGAUUGCCAGCUCGAUUGAAUGGGAAAGGUAUUUGACCACGGACUUCAGUGUCAUUGUCGAUCUUUUCCAAGGUCAAUAUGCAUCCCAACUUAAGUGCAAGGUUUGCGGUCGUACUUCCACCACGUACCAGCCUUUCUCAGUACUCUCAGUUCCCGUCCCGCGGGGUUCGCGUUGCGACAUCAUCGACUGCUUCAAAGAGUUUACCAAAAUCGAAACUUUAGAGAAGGAUGAGCAAUGGUCUUGUCCUCAAUGCAAAAUCAAACAGCCUUCGACAAAAAAAAUUACGAUAACGCGGCUGCCCAGGAACUUAAUCAUUCACCUAAAGAGAUUCGAUAAUCUUUUGAACAAGAACAAUAUUUUUGUGUCGUAUCCAAACGUCUUGAAUUUGACACCGUUUUGGGCUAAUGAUUUUGACGGCAAACUCCCACCUGGUGUGACGGAGUUACCAACUCGGGGCCAGAUACCUCCGUUCAAUUACAACUUGUAUGGAGUGGCCUGUCACUUCGGAACCCUGUACGGUGGGCACUAUACGUCGUACGUCAACAAAAGCUCUCCUUAUGGAUGGUGCUAUUUUGACGACACCAGCUGGAGAAAGGUCAAGAAUGACCACGAGUACAUCACGACCAAUGCGUACGUUUUAUUCUACCACCGCACUCCAACUUCAUCGCUUUAG